AUGUUUGAUCCCAAAGUUUUAGACAUCCCAGCAGUUAUCUUUGACAAUGGAUCUGGAUUAUGCAAAGCCGGUAUUGCUGGGGACAGCGCCCCAAGGUCAGUUAUCACAGCAAUAGUCGGCCGCUCAAAAGCCAAAGCCACCAUGCUUGGAGCCGGCCAGAAAGAAUUUUACGUUGGAGAAGAAGCCCAAUCCAAAAGGGGAGUAUUAUCCUUGAAUUACCCCAUUGACCAUGGCAUAGUGACAUCUUGGGAUGACAUGGAAAGAAUAUGGAGGCACGUCUACGAGUGUGAACUGAGGAUCAAAGCCAGCGACAGGCCGGUUCUACUGACAGAAGCCCCACUGAACCCUCUUCAGAACCGGGAGAGAAUGACAGAGAUCAUGUUUGAAAGUUUCAAGGUGCCAGCUAUGUAUGUUGCUGUCCAGGCCACACUAGCGCUCUACGCGUCAGCUCGUACCACAGGGAUAGUAAUGGACAGCGGGGAUGGUGUUACCCAUACAGUCCCUAUCUACGAAGGCUAUUGUUUGUUGCAUGCUGUCUCUAGGUUGGACGUUGCUGGCAGGGAUAUCACCGAAUACUUCAUGAGGCUCCUUCUAGAGAGCGGCCAUUCCUUCGUCAGCACGGCCGAGAGAGAGAUUGUGAAAGACAUCAAAGAGAAGCUCUGCUAUGUGGCUUUGGACCCAAUCCAAGAAAUGAGAGCCAAGAUGGAAGAACUCAUGAGGGAGUAUAAAUUGCCCGAUGGCAACGUCAUCAAGAUAGGCAGCCAACUCUUCCGAGCUCCAGAGACCCUUUUCGUACCUGCUAACAUUGGCGUUGAAGCUCCCGGUAUACACAAGAUGAUCUUCAACAGUAUUAUGAAAUGCGAUAUUGACGUCCGCAGAGAUCUUUAUGGAAAUAUUUUGCUCUCUGGAGGAUCGACUCUGUUCCCAGGAUUGGAUGAGCGUAUCCUGAAGGAAAUGCAACUGCAGGUGCCAGCAGGGAUAUCAGUCAGGAUCAUAGCACCGCCAGAGAGGAAGUACUGCGUAUGGAUUGGGGCCUCUAUUCUGACUUGCUUGACAUCUUUCAAACAGAUGUGGGUCACUCUUGACGAUUACAAAGAUUUUGGCCCAGGUGUAGUUCACCGAAAAUACGUCAAGUUGAAGUUUAAAAUGGUACGUGAAGCAAAAGGACACAAGUCUAAAGUCUUCACUACACCCGCUGUGAUUAUUGACAAUGGAUCUGGGCUCUGCAAAGCUGGGAUUUCAGGAGAAGUUGGCCCGAGAAAAACCAUCACUUCAGUUCUCGGCUGCCCCAAAACCAAAGUUACACUAUCCAAAGACAAACAGAGGGAAUGUUACGUAGGAAAAGAGGCCCAGGACAAGCGGGAAGUAUUGUCGCUGAGAUACCCAAUAGAGUGUGGCAUUAUUACUUCAUGGGAUGAUAUGGAAAAGAUCUGGAAGCACAUCUAUGACAAAGCAUUGGGACUGAGAGCCUUUGAGAGAGCCCUGCUAAUGACCGAACCCCCUCUGAAUCCCCAAGAGCAUCGAGCCAAGCUCACCCAGUUGAUGUUUGAACACUUUAGGGUGCCAGCCUUCUAUCUUUCUAUCCAAGCGAUACUAUCUCUGUAUGCCUCCGCACGGUACACUGGGCUUGUGAUGGACAGUGGCUUUGGAGUGAGCCAUGCGGUGCCCGUCUAUGAGGGGUACUGCCUGCCCCAUGCUGUCUCCAGCCUAAACGUUGGUGGCAGAGAUAUCACCGAGUUCUUACGGAAAUUGCUUCAAGAAGGCAGGCAGUACUACAGGAACUUUCCAGAAGCGAACAAUGUUGUGGAAGACAUCAAAGUGAAGUUGUGCUUUGUGUCCCUGGAUUCCUACCCUGAUCAUAAUAAGACGCCGGUGGACCUCCCAAAGGAGUACGCACUACCCGAUGGUCACAAAAUCAGCAUUGGCGAUGCUCUGUUUCUAGCCCCUGAGAUCCUUUUCACACCGAGCAACGCUGGCAAAAGUGGGCAAGGCCUCCACCAGAUGAUCGCCAAGAGCAUUAAAAAAUGCGACCCCAGCAUCCGCCACAUGCUCUACAGGAACGUGCUCCUUUCCGGUGGUUCCUCUCUCUUUCCGGGAUUAGAUGAGAGGAUCUUCAAGGGGCUCGAGCCUAAAGUCCCCCAAGGUGUUCCCAUAAAGGUCAUAUCACCUCCAGAUCGGUGGUUCUCAACUUGGAUCGGGGCUUCCAUUAUCACUUCCCUGAGCACCUUCAAGCAAAUUAUGUCUCACCACAGAGUACCAGAUGUCCCAGCUGUCAUUAUUGACAACGGAUCGGGGAUGUGUAAAGCGGGAUUGUCUGGAGAGCAGGAACCACGAACCGUUGUCGCUACCGUGAUUGGCUAUCCAAAGUCCAAAUCCAUUAUGUUCGGGCCUGUUCAGAGGGAAUAUUACGUCGGCAAAGAGGCUCAAGCCAAGAGGGGCAUUUUAUCUUUUAAAUACCCUGUGGAACAUGGGAUGGUUACGUCCUGGGAUGAUAUGGAGAAGAUCUGGAGGCACAUCUACAGGCACGAGCUCAAGAUGAGGGCCAGAGAUAGACCCGUGCUGCUGACAGAGGCCCCACUGAACCCUGCACCGAACCGAGAAAGAAUGACAGAGAUCAUGUUUGAGCGUUUCUGUGUGCCUGCCAUGUUUGUAGGCCUGCAGGCCCUGUUGGCUCUCUAUGCCUCGGCUCGCACGACAGGCAUAGUCCUAGAUAGUGGGGACGGCGUCACCAUGACUGUCCCCGUCUAUAAAGGCCAUUGCCUGCUUCACGGCAUUUCUCGGAUGAAUUUUGCCGGCCGGGAUAUCACAAAGUAUUUAGCAACACUUCUCUUGGAGAGCGGGCAUAUCUUCUCAAGUUCGGCUGAAAAGGAGAUAGUGAAGAACAUCAAGGAGAGCAUGUGCUACGUCGCUUUGGACCCGAGCCAGGAGAAAGGGUCAGUCCAUAAAUACAUUCUCCCGGACGGGAAUCCUGUCAAGAUUGACGACCAGCUAUACAGAACUCCUGAGUCUCUUUUUAGCCCCACCGACGCAGGAGUCUCUUCACCAGGGAUCCAUGAGAUGAUCUCGGACAGUAUUUCAAAAUGCAAUGGAGGCAUCCAGCAGAACAUCUGGAGCAAUGUGUUCAUGGCAGGAGGCUCCACCCUCUUUCCUGGUCUCAGCGACAGACUUGUGAAGGAGCUCCAGGCUCUGGCACCCCGGGGCAUGCCAGUAAAAGUCAUGGCCCCAGAGGACAGGAUGUAUUCUGUCUGGAUCGGAGCAUCAGUACUCACCAGUUUGGCUUCCUUUAGGAGCAUGUGGGUAACGCAGCAGGAGUACAAGGAGGUUGGCCCGACUGUGUUGCAGAAAAAAUGCUUCUAA